ACGAUCGCAAACACGAACAAUUUGAACAUUUGAACAAAAUACAUUUUCAUUAUUUUUUGGUUGUUUGCUGUUAACCUUCGCCGGCUUAUAUUUUAAAAUUUGGCCCCAGCAUUUAUUUUUGCUCAAAGUUUUUGAGUUUUACUAUCCGAAAUAAAUUAAUUUUGACCACUAACAUUUGUAGUCGACUUAAACGCCGCGGCCUUGUCUCUCUCUGCGAAUGAUGGAGGCGCUGCUGGCUGUGUGGAUGUUGGGGUUGGUGGGUCUGCACGGAACUCAGGGCUUCCCUGGUGGAGCUCCAUCAUCUGCCUGCACCGAUAUGGUUCCACAGCACGACCCCAACACACUGACCGGCACACCCUACUCCAUCGUCACCAACAGCAGCACCUUCACCUCUGGCACCAAGGUUAACGUCACCAUCGUGGGCACCUUCAAGGGCUACUUCCUGCAAGCGCGAAUACCCGACACCACGACCAUCGUGGGCACAUGGGACACCCCACCUGCAAACAACAUCUUCGUGCUGUGCAAUUCCGUGCCAAAUGCCGCGGUGACGCACUCCACCAGCACGUCCAAGACGAACCUGAACUUGUUUUGGAUCCCGCCGACUACAAACCCUCCCAGCUCCGUAGUGUUUGUAGCGACCGUGGUCAAGACGGAACCCGAAUGGCAAAUGAACGUGCAGUCGGUAAAGGUCAAUGCCUCAGGUUAUGUAGCCACAACUAAGCCACCAGCUAAGACGUCAACCAAGCCAGGCAACUCUGCCGGGCGCGCGGCCCUCGCCAUGUCUGGGCUCUCCCUGGGCGCGCUGCUCGUCGUCGUCACAGCCGCGUGCUGUCGUUGAUUCCACCGGCGAAGUCACGGAGUUCCUUGAGUGCGUGCAACAGUCCGGAGUGGUGACGAAAUGUUGGUGGGGUGGUGGGGGG